UGUUUGUUUUUCGUCUUGGUGCCGCUGAGCUGAGCUGUCAGAGGAAAAGAACCCACAGGACUCUAAUGGCCAAAGUAGAGCUAGCACCGCUGAGGUCGUGGGAUGACUUCUUCCCCGGCUCGGAAAGGUUCGCUAAGCCGGAUUUUGGAGACAUGGCAAGAUGGAACAACCGAGUUGUCAGCAACCUGCUUUAUUAUCAGUCUAAUUACCUGGUGCUCGCCAUUGCUGUUUUCUUCAUUGUCGGGUUCCUCAACCCUAUGGGGAUGCUCACGGCCAUGGUCGUGGUGUCGGCCGUCUUCCUCGGCUCCGUCUGGGCCGGAGAGAACCGAGCCGUGAUCAAGAACUUCAAGAGGCAGAACCCCACGGCGUUCGUGAUCGUCGUCAUGGUGGCCAGCUACGUUCUGAUUUCUCUGCUCGGCAGCGUCAUGACGUUUAUGACAGCAAUCACUUUACCUCUCACUUUGGUAGUCGCACACGCUUCGUUUCGCCUGCGCAACGUGAAGAACAAGGUGGAGAACAAGAUGGAAGGCGCGGGGCUGAAGAGGACUCCGAUGGGCCUUUUGCUCCAGGCUCUGGGACAGCAGGAGGAAAACCUCCAGAAGAUUCAGACUUUUCUGGAGGGAAAAAUGAAGGAGUAGCUGCCACAACUUUUAGGUUUCUUUAUUGUCUGGCAUGUUGCCGAUAAACGAAAGACUGCAGACCAACAAACGCCGUCUCCUCCUCAGGGUAUCUCGUGACACUCCGGUCAGAACUUGUCAGGGGUGCUUCUCCCGCUCCCCGUCCCUCCCCACCCCUCGCGCCGGCUAUGCAAAUUGUGUCCCGUUGCAAGCUGCGAAGCCUCUUGUUUACGAAAUCUGUGUUUAAUCAGUCUCCGUUUGCACUCGAGCGAAAUUGUGAAAGCAGCUUCAACCGAGGCUGAAAAGUGCUCGCUCAACACGCGUCGCUGCCAAGACGACGUGAGCGCUUCGAGUUGACGGAGGCGGAAAGCUCUUCACAUUUUCGAGUGGAGCUGGUUUACGUCGGACUGGAACCAGCAGGCUGCGAAACCAAGAGAAUCAUGCAAAAAGAGCGAGCCCUGCUUUGUCUUCAGUCUGAUCACUUUGUCAAUAUUUGAAAGGGAAAACUUGAAAGGAAUUCUCCUGACCUCUUUAAUCUUGACGGUGCCCCGUGGGUGAUGGAUGAGCUAACGCUGCAUUUAUCUGACAUGCUAAUCAAUGACCGUGGAGCAGAUUAUAGAUUAUAUUCUGACGGAGUGGAUUCAUCUGCUGUCAAUAAGGCCCUGAACUCAGACCAGAUACUUUGACGCUGCUCCGUCCAGAUAACAAGAAUACACUUGUGGAAAAAAAUAAUAAUAAUAAAGAAAUAAACCUGUGAAAACAUG